AUGACUAGAGCAAGCUCGUCGAGGACGUUUACAGCGUGCUGGACAUGCCGCCGACGAAACAUUGCUUGUGACGCGGCCCUCCCGUCUUGUUCGCAGUGCAGGCGCUCGAACAUCACCUGCGAAGGCUACCACUUUAAUCUCGUCUGGGUCAAUUCCAAGACAGGGAGCUAUGCUCCACAACAACGGCGCACCUUUCCCUGCCAUUUGACGUGGCGAGGCUAUCCGACGUGGACGUUGGAGGAGGUUGAUCAUCUAAUACGUGACUGCGAACACAGCCAAUACAGACAAUGUCGAUGCAGACUGCACCAAGGCCGAAACCCUUUUACCGUCUUCCCUCGAGUUGAGGACAAAGCCAAGCCUGUCAACGCCGAUGAUGCGAACAUGGGCGAAGAAUUUCUUCCGUCGCCACGGGCUGUCCACUUGAACGAUGCGGACUUCCGAUUCCUCACUUUCGGGCCAUUACAGGGACACAAGAGCACGCCCAGCGUCCAAAGCACUGGCACUUCUACUUCACAGGCUUCCAACCCUGAAGAAUGGAGCCUGGACACUCUCGUGGGGGCCGAGAGCGAUACGCUCGUCAGUGAAGAACAGGACCUCGUUCAACAGGAACCCAGGGAUCCUCUGCGUCGAUCUACAAAGAAGACACCAAUAUCACUAAUCUCGCAGCCAACCCAACCUUGGAACGUGGAUGCGAGUUACAACGAAAAUAGAUUGUUCCACCACUUCUUGUCCUAUCUCGCAAAGCGCAUGAUUCCCCUGGAUGACGAUUUCAAUCCAUGGAAAACCGUCUACCCAUCCCUCGCCAUGCAGACCACACGUUCCACGGGAGCACAAGCUCUAUAUCAUGCACUGCUAGCCCAAUCUGCGUACCAUCUAGCUAACCUAAAAGGCGCGGAACGCGGGUUGCAGGAGAGAGCCAGUGCGGUUCGCCACUGUGGGAUCGCGCUGUACCAGCUCAGUAAGAGCCUGGUCGCGCCAUCAAGGGAAUACACCACCGUGUUGGCGGCUCUCUAUACCGUCAUUUUAGCUGAGCAUGUCUUCCAAGGCGCGGCUUCGGGGUGGCAAAUCCACAUCCGCGGUGCCCAGGCGUUCGUCAGUCAAUACUUGGACAAGCAGCCGUGGAGGCAAUCUCCAGAGGCCUAUAUCGUCACACAGAAUUUCGCCCUAUCCGUACUCAUCUCCAGUACUGUCAACAACAACUAUUUAGGUCCGGCAACGGCUGACGGUGUCAGUGAGCUCGAUGGUUUAUUGCGUGAUCUGAUGACGAAACACGUCUUCGGGUACACGAUGGGCGGCACUUCCCAUAUCCUGAGAGCGAUACAUCAAACACUACUCCUUGAAGCCCGAAUAAAUCGGAGAGGUGGUGCUCACGGGCGGCUAGAGCUUGAUGCAGACACAAUUGCUCAGGUUAGCGAGAUCCUCCAACUAUCGCAUGUUCCCUUGGCAGACAAAGUCGAGGCAUAUAUAUGCCACCACGGACUGAGCGGCGUCACUGUCCAACCGCGAUUGCGCACAUUGACUAGGCUUCACCUGCGACUUUUCAACACCGCAGUGACGAUCUACCUGUUUUGCACCGUCCUUCGGUGCACGCCCUCGUCGGUAGCGCACGACGUAUUACAGGUCCUCAAGGACGCCACGGCUUUCAUCGCCAUGCACCACGGCACGGUGUCAGUCUGGCCAGUGUUCGUUGCAGCCACAGAGGCGUAUACACUAGAGGCUCAAGCCCUAGCCAUGCAAUGCCUCGAGACUCUCAGAGCCCACGGCGCUAAAAACCGCCGCGAUAUGCAACGUGUCGUUCACCAGGUAUGGUCGGACCGCGAAAGAUUGGCAUGCGAGCGACAGUGCGACCCUGGCGAUGUUCUGGUCGAUUGGCGUCAGGUCAUGAAAGGACUGAACAUGAAUAUCUUACUUUUGUGA